CCUAAUUUGUAGUUGUCUGCAACUGAUGUCUCUUACCAUGAGUGCAUCCAAAUGUAUACUUCAUCCGCUGAAAUUCAAAAUAGCAAGCAUCAAAACCAUUAGAGGAGUGCAACUGCAAAUGAAUGGAUGGCAAGCAAUGUUCUCCACCAAACAGCUAUAAAUUACUUGUUCACAAACAACCCGCAAAAAUGGAAAGAUAUUGAGAUGUGCGGUGCUGUAUGAUCGAAUCUGAUAUAAAAGAGAUAUAUUUGCUGUAGUCAAUAUUGUCCGUCGAUUGAUGAGACAAAGAAGUAACUCAGCACUGGUGGGUUUUUACGGGGCCCCUGGCAUACAUAAAUUCACGUGCAGCCGAAGUGAGGUUGUGAGAGUGCAAAAUAAUCUUGUAUUAAAAGCACAAAAAGAAGAAGAGACAGUGAAUCGAAAGCGGGGUCGGAGAGAGAAGUAAAAAGAUGGGAACGAAGCCUGUGAAACAAGCCAUGGUGGUUGUUGGGGCUCUUGCUUUUGGGUGGCUGGCGAUUGAGAUGGCUUUCAAGCCUUUUCUCGACAAAGCUCGUGCCGCCAUGGACAAGUCUGAUCCUGAACGCGAUCCUGACGACUCUCCUCCCAAAGAUUUGCCUUCUGAUGCUCUUGCUUCCGACGACAAACCAGCAACAAUCUGAUGAGAUGAUGAUUGUUAGGUCAUGACAACCCGCUAGGUCAAAUAAUUUUCAUUUUUAUUUUUUUGAGUCGAGUAGUUUAAUUUAAUAUGUGUUAUUAAAAUUUGUCUACUGAAGGGGUACUUAAAUGGUGAAGUUUAAGCUAUUAUUAACAA